AUGAUUUCUUUAAAUUCGUUAAAACCAGUUGUUUUUCAUGCCUAUUUCUCAAAAAAAAGAAUUUGUCUUCCUAUCAAUUUCAGUCUCCUCGUAUCUUUCUUCUUCCUUGGAUUAACUGGGGUAUUUGGGAACCAGCUGUUGUUCUUAAUGGGGCUUGGAUAUACAAAUCCAACAUAUGCUGCUGCUGUUCAGCCUGAAAUCCCUGUGUUUACUUUUGUUUUAGCAGCUUUCAUGGGCACCGAAAAAGUGAAUCUGAUGAAAAUUGGAGGUCAACUCAAGGUUGGGGGAACAAUAGUAUGUGUUUCUGGAGCUAUACUAAUGGUUUUGUUCAAGGGACCAUCUAUAUUUGGAGAGGAUGUCACUGAAUUGUUGCACGGAGCAGCGACGGCGAAUGAUUUAGUUUCCGUGGCACAACCAGAACCUGCUGGAGGGUUGAUUUCGGGUUUGUUGGGUAUUGGUCUUACCAAGUUUCAUAUUGGGAUGCUCUGCUUGAUUGGGAACUGCUUUUGUAUGGUUGUUUAUCUAUCCUUCCAGGCUCCGCUGCUACUGAAGUAUCCGGCCAGUCUUUCAGUGACUGCAUACUCAUACUUUUUUGGUGCAAUGUUUAUGGUUAUUGCUGGAAUAUCUGCCACCGAUGGAAAUACUGUCUGGACAUUGACACCAUCUGAGUUAGUUGCAGUUUUCUAUGCUGUAAGUACUUCUAAUCAGGAUUUACUAUUUUAGUUA